GUCCAAGCCUAACCACUAUAUAAAUGCUUCUUUUAAUACCUCAGCCCAAGCCUGAGGCCCAGAUCCCUACGUGACCACUUUUAACCAGCUGUUUUCGGCUUUCCCUUUGCCGAUCUCUCUGUCUCUCUCUAAGCUACACUCUUUCAGUUAAGCUUCCAUAUUUUCUACGCUGAAAUUGAUGAAUUGUACUUGUUACCUUUUUUUCUCUAACUUUUAUCUCUUUUAGAUUUUGAAUUAUACGAUGUUUUGAACGAUUUGAUGAAAUGUUGAAUAAUAGCCGACCAAGAGUGUGACUUCGUAUGCAUGUUUGUAACAGGUUGUGUGAUCUCUGUGAGAAAUUUGGUAAGAGCUCUGCGUUUCGUAUUUAGGUUUGCUGAUCUAAGGGAAUUUCGUCUGCGUGAUGGAUUUAAGCAAUCUAUGGUGAAUUGACGAAGUACAUAUGUAUAUAUUUUUUUGAAUUAGAAUAUCCUCUUUUUAUUGUCUUUAUUAAGUCGAGAUCUUUAAUUUGUUUGUAUUACUGCAUUUUUUUCUUUUUCUGUGAACUUUGGUUCGAGGAUUUGUGCGGAUCGUUCGAGCUUCAUUUAUCAACCCAAUUGAGAAGGAAAGAGGCUGACGGAGUAGAUUCCUGUUGGAGUAACAACCAUGGCGCAGAGUAAUUGGGAAGCAGAUAAGAUGCUUGAUGUCUACAUUCAUGACUAUUUGUUGAAACGAAAAUUGCAUAAUUCUGCGAAGGCUUUCAUGACAGAGGGAAAAGUUGCUAGUGAUCCUGUGGCAAUUGAUGCACCUGGAGGAUUUCUGUUUGAAUGGUGGUCAGUCUUCUGGGACAUUUUCAUUGCAAGGACGAAUGAGAAGCAUUCUGAGGCAGCUGCAGCGUACAUAGAGAUGCAACAAAUUAAAGCAAGGGAGCAGCAGCAGAUGCAAUUACAGCAGUUGCAACUCAUGCAGCAGCGCAAUGCCCAGUUACAGCGGAGGGAUCCGAACCAUCCUCCGUUGGGUCCCAUGAGCUCGAUGAACUCUGAAGGAAUGGGUGGGCAGCCAUCUGCAAGUUUUUUAGCCAUGAAAAUGUAUGAAGGACACAUGAAGCAUCCGAAUGCCAUGGACUCAGAAACAUCUGCAGGUCUGGUGGAUGCUAAUAGAAUGGCACUUCUCAAGUCGGCUUCCAAUCAACAAGGACAAAUGAUGCAAGGAAAUUCUGGGGGCAUGUCUGCAGCCUUGCAGCAAAUGCAAGGGCGGCCUCAGCUAGCCACUGAAAUCAAACAGGAAAUUAACUUGGGUGGACCUCAGAAGUCUUUGCCAAUGGACCCAUCAUCUAUAUAUGGGCAGGCAAUUCUUCAGUCAAAAUCUGGCCUUGGGGGUGCAGGGUUAAGUCCAGGAGUAACUGGUCUACCGUUGAAAGGUUGGCCGCUAACUGGAAUCGAUCAAUUACGGCCAAGUUUGGGUUUACAAGCACAGAAACCUAAUCUGCAGAACCCAAACCAGUUCCUAUUGGCAUCACAGCAGCAGCAGGUUCUAGCACAAGCUCAAGCACAAGGAAACCUUGGAAAUUCAGCUAAUUAUGGAUUCGGAGGAUUACCGAGGGGUAAUUUUAAUGCCAAAGAUGGUCAGCCACCUAGAAACGAUGGAUCCAUUUGCUCGCCUUCUCAAUCAAACUCACCAAAGAACAACAGGAAAAGAAAACAACACUCUUCAUCAGGUCCUGCUAACAGCACAGGUACAGGAAAUACUGUAGGACCUUCCCCUGGCUCGCCACAAUCAACACAUACACCUGGUGAUGGGAUGGCCACUGCUAGCAGUAUGCAGCAUGUUAAUAAUGUGUCCAAGAGUAUGAUGAUGUAUGGUGCAGAAGGACCUGGUGGAAUUGCAUCAUCUACAAAUCAGCUUGAUGACUUGGAGACUUUUGGAGAUGUUGGUUCUCUUGACGACAAUGUUGAUUCUUUUUUGUCGCAUGAUGGGGGUGAUGGAAAUCUAUAUGGCUCGUUGAAACAAACUCUUACUGAACAUAAAACAGAGACUUCUAAAGGUGGUUUCUCAUUCGGAGAAGUUGGUUGUAUACGGACAAGAAAUAAGGUGACUUGUUGUCAUUUCUCUUACGAUGGGAAGCUGUUAGCUAGUGCUGGGCAUGAUAAAAAGGCUGUUUUGUGGAACAUGAACACUCUGCAAACAGAGACCACCCCUGAAGAACAUCAGUUCCUAAUUACUGAUGUGCGCUUCCGGCCAAACUCGUCUCAACUUGCGACGGCCUCAUUUGACAAGUCUGUUAGAUUAUGGGAUGCAGCUAAUCAAGGAGGAAGUGCACAAGUGAGAUUUCAACCCAGAAAUGGACAUCUACUGGCAGCAGCAUCUGACAAGGUGGUCUCUAUAUUUGAUGUUGAGAACGAUCGGCAAACACAUUCUUUCCAGGGACAUUCCGGAGUUGUGAACUACCUGUGCUGGGAUCUUAGUGGCGAGAUUUUGGCCUCUGUGAGUGAGGACAGUAUUAAAGUUUGGUCGUUGGCCACGGGAGAGUGCAUCCAUGAGCUUAAUGCCAGCGGCAACCAAUUCCAUUCCUGUGUUUUUCAUCCGAGUUAUUCUGCUCUUUUGGUGAUUGGAGGCUUACAGUCCCUAGAGCUGUGGAACAUGGUUGAGAACAAAAGCAUGACAGUUGCAGCACAUGAGAACAUAGUUGCGGCCUUGGCACAGUCACCCGUGACUGGGAUGGUUGCCUCAGCCAGCCACGAUAGCUCGGUCAAGCUGUGGAAAUGAAUUAGAUGACGUGGUUGGGUCUGAAUUGUCAAUUCUAAAAAGAAAGGAAAAAAAAAAAGAAAAAAUAAAUUAACUGAAAUGUGUUUUUGUGUCUUAAGUAACAACAACUAGUGUUGGUAUGUAAGAGUGCAUUUGGGAUUUUCGGGCAAGGUGGCAGAGUUGAGAGGCAUACACAUCCAUGAGGAUUGGUAAAACUUGUUAUAUAACACGAUUGAUUUCUGAUCUUGAGGCGGGCAUAUCGCCCUUUGCGAGAUGAUGAGUUUGUACGUAGCAACUACACGUGCUUACAAUGCGAAGAUGAAUGAUGAGCUUCACAUGUUUUACUAAAUUAUGUUGAGACCCUUGAGAAUUGAGGAGUAUAGUUUGAUUUGCUAGUGCUUUAGUUAGUUACCAAUCUGCUUUACCAAUAGUAUGGUCUUCAUUUAUGUUUUACCAAUAGUAUGGAGUCUUCAUAUAUGUUUUACUAGUAUACUUCAUAUUUUAAUCGUGAAUUAUUAAAUAUGUACGAGUUUCCUAUUUCUGCUUUCCCUACGUUUCUUUCUUGAACAAAAUGUGAUUCAGGGGGAUGGUGGCAAAUCAGUAGUUGUGUUUGUGUUUCAUCCUUAUGUUUUCUUGUCAUUUAUUACUAGUUUGUUAUGUGCACAGCCG